GACUUGUGAAGCUUCAGUCUGUGUCAUAGCAACCGGAGAGGACAACAUGGCAAAACCAACAACCAUAAAAGAAGCCCUUGUGAAAUGGGAGGAGAAGGCAGGAGAGAAGGUGGGGGAGGCGAAAGCAGUCAAGCUGUAUGGUCAGAUUCCUCCUAUUGAGAAGAUGGAUGCUUCUCUCUCCACCCUCAUCAACUGCGAGAAAUUGUCCCUGUCUACAAACUGCAUUGAGAAAAUUGCCAACUUGAAUGGCCUCAAAAACCUACGGAUAUUAUCACUAGGGCGGAACAACAUCAAAAAUCUAAACGGACUGGAGGCUGUUGGUGACACGCUAGAGGAACUGUGGAUUUCCUACAACCUGAUAGAGAAGCUCAAAGGAAUUCAUGUUAUGAAGAAGCUCAAGGUCCUCUACAUGUCUAACAACCUGGUCAAGGAUUGGGCUGAGUUCCUGAAGCUAGCUGACCUUCCAUCCUUAGUGGACAUGGUGUUUGUUGGAAACCCUCUGGAGGAGAAAUACUCAGCUGAGGGGAACUGGCUAGAAGAGGCCACCAAGAGGCUGCCCAAGCUGAAGAAACUAGAUGGGAACCCAGUGAUCAAGGCGGAUGAUGACGACGAGGGAGACAGUUAACCCAUUCCAUUUCAUCUCUUACAGUUUACAGAUGUUGAAUAAGCUCAUUCCACUGGUUGGGAGAUGACCUCUCAUAGAAGCACAUUGCUGAAACUUUUACGGCUCCAUGGAUGUCAUGAAAUAAAAAGUAAUACGAAAGAGGUAGUAAAGUUAAUGUUUGAUGUCAUGUAUGUAUGUCACUGUUGCACAUAUGAAACAGCCUCCUCUGAGGUAACUACACAAACAUUAUAAAAGGUACAUUCACAUUGGUCUUGUCCAUCAGCCAGCUCUCUAGACUGGGGACAAGAUUACAUUCCCAUUGGUCUUGUCCAUCAGCUGGCUCUCUAGCCUGGGGACAAGGUCACAGUCCCAUUCGUGAGCAAGACAUUUUGUAUUUAUUUUUAAGCAACCAACCAAGGCAGGCUAUGUGCAUGUUGAUGCCCUGCUCCAAAAAGCACAUUUACAUUUUUGUAUGGGUGCUGAUGGUCUUAUUUUCACACGAUUCCUGACUCACACUCGGCUUGCAUGCAUAAAGGACGUUAGUUUCGGACCUGUAUGCAGCCUUCAAGGAGGAAUAUGAGGUUGCACACAAAACGGGGUGAAGGCCAGGGGAGAACAAUUUUUGAAGUAUUUUCUGUGCAUGGAUGAAUACUGUAUUUUAAAAAGAUGGAAGAAGAACUAAAUAAAUAUAUAUAUAUGUAGCUCUAGUCUUGGCUAAUAGUACAUUCUUUUUCUUACAUUUGUAUAUUAUUAGGCAUGUUUUGUAUAAAAUGAAUAUACUGAGAUGUUUAUGAUUUUUUUAAAUGGCAUUUUAAAUGUUGAAAUUUGGUAUGUUGCAUUAAAAACUAUUGAAGUC